GAGCUCCGGGGCGGAGACCCAGCGAAGAGCGACAGGACGAGGAGUCAUUCGGGGUUAGAAUAUUCCGCUUGGGGGGGUGGGGGAAGGACAUAUUCACUGCCAACCCGGCGACGAGGCUGGGCCUGAGGCUGCCCACAACCCAGGAAAACAUGGAGCUGGAGAAUAUCGUGGCCAACACCGUCCUGCUGAAAGCCAGGGAAGGGGGCGGUGGCAACCGGAAGGGAAAGAGUAAGAAAUGGAAGCAGAUGCUGCAGUUUCCCCACAUAACCCAGUGCGAGGAGCUACGCCAGAGCACAGAGAGGGACUACCACAGCCUGUGUGAGCGCCAGCCCAUCGGACGGACCCUCUUCCGGCAGUUCUGUGACACCCGGCCCGAGCUGAAGCGCUGUGUCCAGUUCCUGGACGCCGUGGCAGAGUACGAAGUCACCCCAGACGAAGAACGAAGGGAACGAGGACAGGAGUUGAUUGACCGAUACUUCAGCUUGACGUCAGACGACCAUGUCCCCGAGAUACCGAACGAGCUGGUGACCAAGUGCAUGGAGGGCCUUCAGAAUGAGGCCUGUAAGGACCUUUUCAAGGAGUGUACCAAGCUCAUCCAUGGCUGCCUGAGCGAGGCUCCCUUCUCCGACUACCAGGAGAGCAUGUACUUCAACCGGUUCCUGCAGUGGAAGUGGCUGGAGAGACAGCCCGUGACGAAGAACACCUUCCGGCAGUACCGGGUCCUGGGAAAGGGAGGCUUCGGAGAGGUGUGCGCGUGCCAGGUGCGAGCCACGGGGAAGAUGUACGCCUGCAAGAAGCUGGAGAAGAAGAGGAUCAAAAAGAGGAAAGGAGAAUCCAUGGCGCUCAACGAGAAGCAGAUUCUGGAGAAGGUCAACAGUCGGUUUGUAGUGAGCCUGGCAUACGCCUAUGAGACGAAGGACGCCCUAUGCCUGGUGCUGACCCUCAUGAACGGCGGCGACCUGAAGUUCCACAUCUAUCACAUGGGCGAGGCCGGGUUCGAGGAGAAGAGGGCCGUCUUCUAUUCCGCUGAGCUGUGUUGUGGCCUGGAAGAUCUCCACCGGGAGAGGAUAGUGUACAGAGACCUGAAGCCUGAAAAUAUCCUAUUAGAUGACUAUGGCCACAUUCGCAUCUCAGACCUCGGGCUGGCCGUUUACGUGCCGGAGGGCCAGACCAUCAAAGGUCGGGUGGGCACCGUGGGCUACAUGGCCCCAGAGGUGGUAAAGAACGAACGCUACACCUUCAGCCCAGACUGGUGGGCGCUGGGCUGCCUGCUCUAUGAGAUGAUCGAGGGCCAGUCGCCCUUCCAGCAGCGCAAGAAGAAGAUCAAGCGUGAGGAGGUGGAGCGGUUGGUGCGGGAGGUGGAGGAGGAAUACUCAAACAAGUUCUCUGAGGAUGCCAAGUCCCUCUGCAGGAUGUUGCUGGCCAAGGACCCCAAUGUCAGGCUUGGCUGUCAAGGUGGUGGGGCCGCAGAGGUCAAAGCCCACCCUCUCUUCCGGUCCAUGAAUUUCAAGCGUUUGGAGGCAGGCAUGCUUCAAGCCCCCUUCAUCCCCGACCCGCAGGCCAUCUACUGUAAGGAUGUGCUGGACAUAGAACAGUUCUCCACCGUCAAGGGGGUGGAGCUGGAACCCAAGGACAGCUCCUUCUACCACAAGGUCUCCACGGGCAGUGUCUCGAUCCCCUGGCAAAAUGAGAUGAUCGAGACUGAGUGCUUUAAAGAGCUCAACAUGUUACCUAUGGAUGGGUCAGUACCUCCUGAUAUGGACUGGAGGAACCAGCCUUCCCCCCCACCCAAAAAGGGGCUGCUUCAGAGGCUCUUUGGGCAACAAGGAUGCUGUGGGGACUGCAGUGACAGCGAGGAUGAGCCCACAAGACUGUGAGAUCCAAUUUCACCAUGAGCUGCCCUGCCCCCUCAGAGAAUCCAAUAUGUUUACAAAUUUUGCACAUUUGUAUUUUUAAAAUAGAACUAUCUAAAUAUGGGAAUGUAUAUUUUCAGUAUAUAGCCAUACAGUAUAUGUUAUUUAAAAACUAAAAAUACGGCAAAAAAAAAAUUAUACCGUCCAUCUACCUAGGGUUUGGCAAACAACCUGUAGGUCAGCGAUGCUAAACGUCGUCUCGUCUCAAGUACCCUCUUUGUGAGUAGUCAGUUCUGCAGGCUUUUAAAGAUUUGUUCUUUUUUUUUAUGACCAUUUUUGCAAAGCAAAGUGAUUCGUAUGCUCAAAACUGCAAUGCUUCUGCACUUCACAGGAGGGGAGUGCUGUUUAACGCCAUUUAUUUUUCUGUUACAGUAAGAUUUCAGUUUAAUGUGAGGAAUGGAUGACUGGGUAUUUGCUGUAGGCCUUUGUCAUUUUCAUAUUAUUUUAUUCUUUUAUUUGGGUAAAUUUGUUUGCUCAUUCAUCCUAAGCUAGUGUGCCAUAAUUACCGUAACCACGACUCGGUCCCUGCCUAGCUGAGUGCCAAAUCACCGCUUGCUCACUGUUGGUUUAGCCAGUUGUUGUAAAACCGCAUCUUCCCCAUUUAAUUUUAGUUGUUAUCAUCCGUGCACUAUAAUAAUGGUGAUUAGCAUUUGCAGGAAGUGUGAUUUUUUUUUUUAUUUUUUAUUUUUUUUUUUUUCUCUAAAGUCUGUCUGCAUACUGAUUAUUAUCAGUGUAUGAAGAUUAGAAAAGAAGCAUACAGUUUGAUGUCUGUCCAAACACAGCCAAUAUAUAUUUGUACCUGUUGUACAAUUCAAGGCGUGUGUGGUGCUGACAGGCUUUCCUUCUGACCAAUUAUCCCACCUCAACAUUGCAAGCAAAUAAGUUCCCUGUGUCUUUAAGACUGUGUAAGACCUUUACCGUUAUGAUCUAUACUCACACUCUUCAGGUAACUCACCCCUACCUCUGCUUGCCUCUGGGUCCUCAGAAGCACAUUCCUCAAUUGGUCUUCUGUUGUAGUCCUUCACUCUUUGGUGAGUCACUUUUAGGUAAUUCAGGGCCUAGUUCUUUUAUGUGCAGGAGGAAUAUCUUAGGAUGGUUGAUAGCGUAUGUUUUUAGGUCACGCGGGACUGAGUUUGCAUGUCUUGGAGCAACACUUUGUGUGACACUUUCCCAACUUCAUGCCUACUUUGUUUGGUCGAUUUACUCGAUGUCCUGUUUUAUUUCAUUCACCCUCGAGGGCCAUGAAACAUGGAACUUCUGACUCGACACCUUUUAUGUCCCUAUUUUUCCACUUCUUCCAUUUGCAGUAUGGUGUGGUUUUCACCGGUGAAAGAAUCUCCUUGUCACUAGUGUUUUUUUUUUUUUUUUUGGAAACUGUCUCAUCUCACAUUCUAGUUGGGAAAUGCCUUAAUGUCAUCAACGACGUAUUAAUGAUGCCAAAUAUGUGCCAGCAUUCUCCCCUGGAAGGUGCAGGGCCAUUAAAAUCCUAGGACACUGUGGCCUGAGGUUGUCCCAGCCGGACAUUUUGGCGCCACAUUUCCUUGUUUUAAACGCGUCAUGUUGAAUUCGUUAUUUACAUAUUUACUUUCUGGCCAUCGGCAGGUUCUGCUUUAGAAGUAGUGGAGUGGUAUAACUUAUUCCACGAUGGACUUAAGAGAGCUAUUUGGCUCUCUCUGCAACUAUCUGGACCAUCCACAUUGAUUUAGACCCUCGAUUUAUUUUUCAUUUCCUUUAGUGUCUUCAUCUGAGUAAGACUGGAGUGCUUUGUCAUCAAGUACCUGCAACCUUGAGUUUUUGAACUGCAGAAGCUCUUAUGGGUUUAGAGAGAGGUUGCCAGCCCACUUGAACCUGUCAGCUUCUGGCCUUUCCAGCAGCCUCGUGCCACGUUUUGUAUGAGUACUUAUCACAGCCAGCAUCUGAGGACUGUCUGUCCUUCUUUGGACAAAGCCUCAAUGUUUAAUUCAUGUCCGGGCAGCGGUGACUAACCCUCUUUGCGUCCGCAAGAGUCCGAAAUUGUCGGUGCCAUCAACGGUUGCCCGUCUGGCCUCACUCCAUCUUGACAGAAGUUGGAUCCACGCACAAAACGGUCUUUGUCCAGCUUCUUCAGAAGGCCUGGUAAAAAGCUGGACUGUGGGGUUAGGAUUCCCACCCAACACCACAGAUGAAACACAUUUCUGGGGGGUGAUGGUCUAAGCCCAGAAACCCGCCAUCAAAGUUCAGUGAAUGCUUAGUUUUGUUCUGAAUCUUAAAUCGGUUUAGUGUUACCUUGGGAGUCUCACAUCUAACAUUACUCCAGUCCUUUAAUUUUGUGAAAAUCUGAGAUAUAAUUUUUGGAGUCUGCUUAAGCUAUGACCGCUAAUCAAGUAGGAAUAUCACACGAUUUAACCGGCCAAUAUUCGCUAGUUCGGGCAGCUUUCACCAAACUUUCAUUGAGUGGCUUCUCAUUGCCCAAGAACUCAUCCUAAAUACAUAACUUGUAACCUCCUCUUGUCCACUUUGAUGGCUCAAUUUGGAAGCAACCGAACACUGUCUUAGGCUUCAGUAACCAUACAACUGCCUAUCCAGUCAACUACGGGUUAUAAGCCUAUACUGUUAGGAGUACUAACUUGUACCUUUGCUUGUCACUAGGGCUGUACCCUCAAGGGGUCUGCCAAUUGUACCCUGUACGUGUAUGUAAUGGUACUUUUUAAGGUACAGGAAUGGACUCUGAGGAACAUCCCCAAGGUACAAACAGCAUUAAUGUAUCCCCAAUGAUACAAAUAUGUUCAUCAUAGUCCAUUUCUGGAUCUUAAAAGGUACAAGCACCUACAGCUGAGGGUACAAUUGGCAGAUCCUUGAGGGUACAGCCCCAGUGACAAGCAAAGGUCCAAAUGAGUACUUUUUUCUGAAUGUACUGAUAUUAAUAUUAUUCGGCUAUUUCAACUUCUUUCUGCCUCCCUUGACUGCUGCUUCAUGAAAUCGCACAAUCUUUGUGCCCGUUUAGUCCACUGGUUUCCACCUGGUAAAACCAGACCUUUCCCUGGGAUUCCUUGUUCCCAGAUCAUUGCCCAGUACACUAGAGACGUCCAGGAUGUCAAAAUCUGUUAGUGUGGGACUCUUGUGGGCGCCGUUGUCUCAAUUCUGUUGCCAAAACUUAAAAUGGUGCCCUGAUUUCAACUUCUAAUUGAUGGGACGUUUAAUGACAUAACAUUCCAGUGAAGUGAUGAAAUAUGACGACUGGACUCGUUACAACCUUGUCUGAUUGUUAAUUCAGGAGAAACUGAACUCCACACAUUGAACAGCUUGAAGGAUUUUACUCCUAAAAGUACAUAUCUCAUUGUAAGCUAGUUUGUUGCAGUAUUCAAACAGCCUGGGACCAACCUCCCGGCUCAGUCAUACAAGGACAUCGACCAUAUAUGGUGUAAGCACCAUGAUAGGCAUAUCAGUACUUUAAGUUGACCAGUAAGCAUCAGUCUACCUCUUAUUUCUAUGAUUGAUCACUCAUCUUCCAAGAGCAUCAACUUUGUGGGAUAUCGGAGCCAGCAGACAAUCAAAACGACAUGAUGAUUAUAACAAAAAAACACUAUAGUAUACAGCUUUCAAGCAAUAAUAUAGUUUUCUUAUCCCAUGCGCCAUCCUCCUUGCAGUUAUAUGUAGCUAGAUUGUUUUGCGAAUAAUGGCAAACCGUCAAAAAAAAAAAUGCACAGCAGAUCUAUGAAAGUGUUGAGCAUCCUGGCACUUAGCUUUGCAAAAAGAAAGAGGAACGUAAUCAGUUUGUAUUUCGAGAAGCACAGACACUGUUUAACACUACUGCUUUAGCAGUAACAUAGUAUACCAGAAAGAACAGGCGGGAAUAGAUUUUAAGGUUGCAUUUUUUUUAUCCAAGUUUGUGGUUUCACUCCCGUCGAUCUGAUGCCAAAAUUCAGUAAUGUGUCAAAGUAACUCUCGUUCUAGAAUUUUCAAUUAUUCAUUAACUUAGUCUCUUUUUAACAGUGUCCAGUUGCAUUUAAAGCCAGUCCCUUGUUUCUAAACAUUGUUUCAGUUGUCUGCUUUAAACUGUUAAUGUACUUUUUAGACCUUUCAUUGUAGACUUGUUAUUCAUUGACGGACUUGGGGAAGUGAGGUUUGGUUUUGGUUUGGUGAGGGUUGAUUUGGCGAAAGUAAUUGGGUAUAAACCCCCCCCCCAUUUCUUUUGUAAUAAUUAAUUUCCCUAAUUGGGUUAUAUUAGCAAAAUAAGACCUGUCAAAUUUUGCAUGUAAAAAUGUAUUUCAUAAUUGCAGCCAUGUAGAUAUUUUUUUGAAAAUUAUAAGGCUUUUUUUAAUUUAUUCAUUAGGAAGAGUAUGAAAGAGCACGUUUAUUUUCUGCUUAACUUCAGGCGUUCAUUUUCUAAGUACACCUUCAUUUACACCUUUCAAUGUGCCUUUUUUCUUUUUAAGGAAUCAUUUAAUUAGUGUUUCAGUUUCACUGCAGGGUUGGGGGAAUUGCCAGCUGUAGAAAGCGAUUCUGCUUGGCGCCCGGGUUCCCCCCCGACGCCUGACUGAGCUGUGAUUACAUGUGCGUUACGUCCCGAUGUCAGGAUAGCGUGAGACUUCUUGCCUUUUUUUUUUCUGUUUUUCUUUUCUCCUUUUUUUAAAUUUUAUUAUUUUUUUUAAUUAUACAUGACUGAGCCAGUAAGACGAUAAUGCUGGGGAGACUGGGACAAAUUCCGGAAUUCUGGAAGUUAUCAAUCCUCAAAAGAGGGGAAAAAGAAAAAAAAAGCGAGUCGAUCUGUCAGUCACAUUUCCCAUCUCGGAUUUUAACUUGACUACAUUCCAAUUUUUGCGGUACUGUACAGUGUGUAAAUGAUUCUAAUUUUAUUUAGCAAUAAUUGUUUUUAAAUGUGUAUAUAUAUAUAUAUAUAUAUAUAUAUAUAAAAAAAACUAAAUACUAGACUGAAAUGAUUUCUCCCUUUGCUGUGUGUUGCUACUCCUGAGUCGGGCUUCAACACUGUGAAGUAUGUACGAGGUCAUGCGUGUGUCCUGUCACGCCUGUGCGCAGAUCACUCUGCUAUGCACUGAUUUAGCACGCGUGUCUGUGUGUGGUGUACAUGCGUGUUUGCCCUGCUGUGUAAUAAGCGUGCUUGUUGUGUUCAUGACCAUUUAGGAGAGCCCUGUCUGUGUUCCCGUGAAUUGAAACGACUGCACACGCAUAGGUGGACCCCCCCCCCCUCCAAAAAAACAAUUAAAUAUUCAAAAAUGAGACCUUAAGCACAAAGACACAAGUUUUGGGUUUGGUACUGUUUCAGGAGUAUCGCAUCACAAAACCCCUCCCUUUUACCUCACUUUAGGGGAGCAGUUACCCCAUAAUGACCAUUGGGGGGCAGCAUGCUUGAUACAUGAAUAGAGUUUGCUUUCUGUUUCACCCGAGUAACUUCCUAUAUGUAUCAAGCGUCCGUUACUUGUCGUAGGAGAGCAUAUCCUCUCGCUAGAAUUUUAUGUUCUGUUUCAGGAGUCUUUCAAUAUUCGUUAUGUUAGAAUAACUGAAUUGUACCACUUUUUGUUUCAUUUCAGUGUUACUUUCAUAUGUGAUGCUCUUUUCAUUGACUUUUCCUUUUAAUAUGUAAUAAAAAUAUCCGCCGGCCAAUUACACGGUCCGUAGGCUACAAGAAAGUAUUUUCCUAAUAAAACUUUGGGCCUCUUA